CGUCCUCGGGAGGCCGCUCAGCGCCGCGAUGGAAGCGGGCAAAAUGGCGUCGCCUAAAAGCGCCCCGAAGGAUGCGCAGGUGAUGGCCCAGAUCCUAAAAGACACGGGGAUUACAGAGUAUGAGCCCCGGGUUAUAAAUCAGAUGUUGGAAUUCGCAUACAGGUACGUGACGACAAUCCUGGAAGAUGCGAAAAUUUACUCCAGCCACGCCAAAAAAUCAAGCGUCGACGCAGAUGAUGUGAGGUUGGCCAUCCAGUGCCGGACAGACCAGUCCUUCACUUCCCCUCCGCCCAGAGACUUUUUGCUGGAUAUUGCAAGGCAGAAGAACCAAACCCCAUUGCCUUUGAUUAAACCUUAUUCCGGGCCAAGGUUGCCUCCAGACCGAUACUGCCUGACAGCUCCAAAUUACAGAUUGAAGUCUCUGCAGAAAAAGAUCUCGUCCUCUGCUGGGAGAAUCACUGUGCCCCGGCUGAGCGUUGGCGCCGUCACCAGCCGGCCCAGUACACCAACCCUAGGGCCCCCUUCGGCACAGGCGGUGUCGGUUUCUACCAAAGUCGGGACUCCCGUCUCGCUGACGGGACAGAGGUUCACCGUCCAGAUCCCAACCUCUCAAACAUCUGUAAAAUCAGCUACCCCUACCACUCCCACCGUCCAGAACGUCCUGAUCAACCCCUCACUGAUCGGCUCCAAGAACAUCCUUAUCGCCACCAACAUGGUCUCCUCGCAAAGCGUCGCAGGCGAACCCAACAUCUUGAAGCGGAAACACGAGGAAGAGGAGGACUAUGACGCCUUAUGAGUUCCACGGAGCUCAGCCCCACUCCCCUUCUCCCCAUUGCUCCUUCCAUCUUGUGCCUGGUCUGGCACCAGAGGCAUUUUCAGGCUGAACACCCCAAACUUAAAAUGGGUUGGCUCCUUUCUCACCUGGCCUCUGUGCCCCCUCCUUUCUCAUUUCCCCCCUCCCCCCAAUUAACUCAUUCUUUGGGGUCCCUGAGCUGUUUGCAGGCAGCAGAGUUAUGGGGAGGGGGUGUGAGUUGUGGGGGUCUCUUGAAGGAGGAACUUGAGCCAUCCAGCCCCUCCCCCCCCUUGUUAAAAGACACUGUUGUGCAGUGAUUACAAGUAGGCAGAAAAAUAUACAUGUAUUUGUCUCAAUUUAGCUUGGAAGGGAAGGAAAUUUGAGUCGGGGGCUGUUGGGUUCACGCAAUUGUGUUUCUUUGUCUUUUGAGGUCCCCCUCAAGUUGUGUGGAAAACCCACUUAUCUCCAGUGUUGUUUGUUGGUUUAAGUCGGGGAUCGGCAACCUUAAACACUCUAAGAGCAACAAAGCCGCUGCCCCCCCCACCGUUCAAUUCUGGAGCCGACCGGAAGUCCACUUCCACCACCAUAGAGUCUCCUAGCCCGGCAUCCUUUUUCCUCUACCUGUCCUGACAGAAAGCCCUAUCAAAUACCGGCAACAGGGAGCCGCAGCAGAGGAGAUGAAAGAGCCACAUGCGGCUCCGGAGCCACAGGUUGCCAACCCCUGGUUUAAGAUCUCUGGAUAAAACUGGGAUGAGAAAGGAAAGGAACUCAUAUUUUUCUCCUGGUUUUUCGCUUGGUUUUUCCGAAGGGAACAAUCACAACCUGGGUGUGUGGCAUGACACAAUUUGCAAAGUUUUGUUCUGCUUGCACUGGAGGGGUGGGGGGGAAACAGACACAGCGUUUUUGGUGCAGAAUUGUCAACUCACGUCACCAUUCUUUCUGGUUUUAAAGGUCCGACCGGAGAAUGCAUCCCUCUGCUCCCCAUUAUUUUUUAGGCCACUGCCAUAAAAAGUACAAUUUCUAUUUCUUUUGAGAGCUGCAUUAUAAACAAAUUAAAAUUAAUAAAUUAAUAGUAAAAGAAUUUCCACACCCCUGAUGAAUAAUGAAAGAUGAAAUGUUUGGUGAAGUAAGAGGGCAGAGGCUGGUUCCUUGUGGGUUUAAGGCUGGAUUAAGGAUUUGC